AUGAGCGCUGCUCAAGAAGGAGACGGUGAGAGUUGCUUGUGGGAGCCACACAGAGAGAAAGAGCAAGCUCGAGAGAGGCGUUCCGGUGGUGGAGGAGGUGACGUUGCGGCGGUGAAGGACCAGAGGUGGGGCUGGUCAAGUGCGCUCCUCUCUUGCACGGCCGCAAGAAUCGAACGAGGAAGGUUCGGAGAACAAAGGGAGAUCCAAAAGUAUGGACCUGAGAGGAUUGUUGAUACUGCUAUCACAGAGGCUAGUUUCGCUGGAGUUGAAGUCCGUGCUGCUUUCUAUGGUCUCAGGCCUGUCGUGGAUUUUAUAACAUUCAAUUUUGCUAUGCAAGUGAUUGAACACGUGAUAAAUUCUGCUGCAAAGAUGAACUGCAUGUUGACUGGCAACAUAUCAGUCCCUACAGUUUCUAGAGGAGCUGCAGCAGGAGUCGGUGCCUUACACUCCCAAGCCCUGUGA